AAUUUCCUUCAUCCUUGGAUUCGCUUUCUCUGAGAACGUGCACAAGAAAACUGGAAGAAAACGAAAGAAAAUCAAAGAGGAAAACAUGAUCGGAGUAAGUAAGAUCAAGCAGUACUCUAACGUUCUCGACAAACCUCUCAGCAAAGGCAAGCAAGAGGUAAGUUUUAGUGCAUUUGCAUUUUUGUUCUCGGAGCUUGUUCAGUACAAUCAAACCCAAGUUGACAAUAUUGCAGAAUUAGAGCGAAGGCUGGAGGAUGCAGGUUAUGCUGUUGGAGCUCGAGUUCUAGAACUUCUUUGCCAUAGGGAUAAGGGAAAUAGAAGGGAGACCCGGUUGUUGGGUAUAUUGUCAUUUGUACACAGUACCGUAUGGAAGGUCUUAUUUGGAAAGGUGGCUGACUCACUUGAGAAAGGUACUGAACAUGAAGAUGAAUACAUGAUCAGUGAGAAGGAGCUUCUUGUAAACAGAUUUAUUUCAAUCCCAAAAGACAUGGGUACAUUUAAUUGUGGGGCAUUUGUUGCUGGAAUAGUACGGGGUGUUUUAGACAGUGCUGGCUUCCCUGCCGUGGUGACAGCACACUUUGUACCAGUGGAGGGACAGCAACGGCCUCGAACAACCAUUUUAAUAAAGUUUGCUGAAGAGGUACUUCAAAGAGAAGCAAGGUUAUCUUGACACUGAUAUGAAGAUUAUCCCAUGCUAUUCUUUUCGAUGUUUUACAGCAACAUGCCAGGGGACGCUCAAUAAUGUUUUGCUGUGUUCUCAUACCAAUCGGGAGUUGUAUCUGGCAAUGUGAAGAACCUGUCCUUGACACUAACUGAAUUUGUGCUAUACUUGAAUUAGCUUGGUGAUUAUACUUGAAUUGAUGUAAAGUAAAAUGUUAUGGUUGAAUAGAAUUCAUUUUGGUGUUCAUAUUAA